CUCGGGAUGGACUGAGCCGCGUUGGCGGCUCGCGCCCUGUCAGUCCUGCCUUCGCCGGGAUCCGCGGCGCCCGGCCGGGCUUCGUGUCCUGAGCACCACCUAGUCCGCUUCCCGCGGGCUGCCCCUGCCGCGCCAGGGAGAUGUCCGGCGGCCGCAGGAAGGGCAGCGCCCCUUGGCACAGCUUCUCCCGGUUCUUCGCUCCCCGAAGCCCUUCCCGGGACAAGGAAGAGGAAGAGGAGGAGAGGCCGGGGACGAGCCAGCCUCCCGCCCCCGGCCGGGGCGAUGCCAGUGUUGAAAAUGAACCCAUGAGCACAAGUCAGAAAAAGGAAAAUGUACUUUCAUCAGAAACAAUAAAGAUCCCCCAAAGCGAGAACAAAAGGAACCACAGUGAGAAGCCAAUAACUUUUCCAACACAAGAAGAUCUCAAAAAGCCAAAUGAUUUUUCCAGUGCUUCUUCAGAAACCAAAACUGGAGAAAGUGAUAGACAGCCAAAAGAAAGCUUUUUUCACUUUCUCGGUAACCUAUUCAAUAUCUCUGGAAAAUCAUCUUUAGUGGAACCUAAACAUUGUUCUUUCAAAGAUGACCAUGAUAAAACUGAGAAGGAUUUACAGCAUCCCAGUGCCCAUCACAAGGAAUCCACCAAAAGGGGGAGGGAGGUGCCCCCUGGCUCCCUGGGAACACAGACACUUGCAGCAGAAGACCAAGAGUCCAGCUCAACCGAACUCUCAGAUGCACUUCCUCUGGACACAACACAGGACAGUGAGCAGGAAGCCAGUGAUGAGCUAAAACAAAUUGAUGGCAAAGCAGAGAGGCCCUCAGUAACAUAUGCAACAUAUCGAGGCCCCAGACAAAUUAAGAAAUAUUUAAGGCAGCAGACCGUGUUGGCACUUGUGAACUCUGACUCCAGUUCACACACACACACUGGCCCUGUAAGUGAGACUGAGGCUGGGGAGUUGCCAUCAUCGUCAUCUACCAGCACAGACUCGUCUACAAAAGGAUAUUUGUCUGGAGGCCCACUAGAAGAUGCAGCUAGUAGCAAAAUAAGUCUCAACACAGAAAGCCCCCACACAGACAACCCAGAACUGCAGAAUACUGAGUCUUCCCAGGGUCGUUUAAAUCUGCACGAUCCCGGGGGCCCUGAGGGGAGUAGAUCAUCCCCUUCCUCCGCGACUGACUCCAGCUGUGCCAUUGAAGAAUCUUUCUCACAGCAGACGUUAAGUUGUGGACCAGUUUCUCAGUCUGACAUAAAUUUGGUAUAUUCCACACUGUUUACGGGAAGUAACAGUAGCAAAGUCCCUGGUAGUCCAGACUUGGACAGGCAAAUUACAACUGAAAAUGUGAUAAAAGAAAGCAGCCCUGUGAUGAAUAGCAGGGCAUUGGUGCAGACUGAAGAGCACGGUAAGCCCCAGAGCUUGACUGUUUCUGACUUCUAUUCUAGUAAAUCUGAUGGGAUUGACACUACUGAACAAGAAAACACAAAUUUGCCAAGUCCAAAUAAAUCAAUUAGGCAAGAAGAUCUGCACUUGCCAGAGAGUGAGUGUUCUGACAAGCAAACUGUAGAUAACUCAUCAAGGCAGUCUGCCAAUCACACCAGUGCCAUUUCUCUUCAGAGACAUGCUGUGACAGACACAGAACUUGUAAAUGAAAGAAAGAGGUUGUCUGCCCUAGACUUAAAGAAAAAUUUAGCUGUUACAGAAAUCAGGCAAGAAACAAAAAGUGCCUCUGCUAGUAAACCUGUAACUUCAAGUCACGUAAAAGAAGGUAGAAUUGAGUUAUCAGCCAAAGAUACUGACCAAUUGUUUAAAACAGAAGCCAAAAAUCUUGAUUUGAGGCCAUGUGACAAAAAUUCACACAUUAUUAAGAAGAAUCAAAAGGACCCAGCCUCUGUAAAAUACAUCAGUGAAUCGACAGCGGCAGCAUGCUUAGAAAGUAAAAUAGCACCUGCGUUGAAUUUUGAACUAAGUAGAAUUCACAUUUCAGAAUCUCCUCUUGACUCUGAGAGUUUUCAACAAGCCAAAAUAUCACCUGAUGUGAAAACACCUCUUACCCUGGAUUGUAAGAAAUCAAAUUUCCAUACUUCACUUCCUACCUUUGUUUCUGGAGUUGGGAUGUUGAGCAAGUUAGAUAUUCCUGUUUUAAAGAAUGAGGGUUCUUCUGUGUUCAGUGAAACUGGGGAUGUCAACACUGUAGGCAUUUCCUGUCAGCCUACUGAGUGUCAAGAAGAAAAUGUGACAAAUCCAGGGAAGAGCCCUCCUCCUCUGCUUCACCGGGAGCGUGCAUCUGCAAUUCUUGAUUCUGAAGAAGUUCUUGAUAGUGAAAAAUGCCAGGUUCCUCUAGGCCUUCAAGCCAGUGGCACUUACUUAAUUGGGACGGACCCACUGAACUUCGAGUCUGGAAGCCUCUCUAAGGAUCAUAGUUCUACAUCAUCUCAAGAUGCUAAGAAGACAGAGUUAUUGCCUUCAAACAUUAACGCAAGUAAGAACACAAUAGAGAAGUUGGAUUCUUUGUCCUUGGAAACCCAAACUGAUAACAUUGUUGAAAUUUUAUCAAAAACUGAAGUUGAUGGUCAGAAGGGUGUUCCUAUUGAAUCUCAGUCUGGAAAAGGAAAAAUGAUACCCUUGUCUAAGACAUCUGUUUCCCAAAAAGAGCCCAAAGAUAUUUCUCAGGAUAAAUUUUUUUCUUCUCCAUUUGAAAUUGCAGAUGAUCCACAAAAACCUAUUUUAUCAGAAUUAGCUUCCCUAGAGGUUGAAAAGUGCAAAAGUUUCCAACCAAUGUAUGAUAAGGGGAUUAAAGAGAAAUCUUCAAGUUCUAGCUUUAAAGAGAAUUGCCAAGCUGAAGUUCCCCCUCUUGCCUCCAAAUAUCAAGGUAUGCAGGAAACAGAGGUAGGCACCUUAACCUGUCCUCCUGCUGUCCUUGAAAAUAGUAUAUCUGGGAUUUUAUCACCUGUUCAUGAUGCGAAAAUCAUUAAGCAUAUAGCACAGAAUUGUGCUAACACUUGUACAAUUCAUCAAUCUUCGGAUAUUUGUGGGACUAAAACAAUUUCUGGAUGCUCAGAAAUGGCAGAACUCAGCUUAACUAAUAUUUUCCCCAAAUUCCAGGAAACUGACAGCAUAAAAGUAAAUUUCCCUUUUCUAAGUUCUGGUAUCAGUUUGGAAAAUAAUGCUUUUGCACCUGAGGAUUCAGGCUUUCUUAAUGUACCUUCUGCAUUGAGAUCAGAAAAGAAAGACUCAUCUCACGGAGAGAGCGAGAAUACUCAUUUUCUGAGUAGUGGUGUUGACAGUGUGUCUUCUUCCUCCAGUCACUCUGAAGAAGUUAAUAUGGUUAUAAAUUCACAUAAACCCCCAAAUAAUUUUGAUUCUGUACAAGUCACCAAAGAUCUCACACGUGAAGGUACCUCUUUAACUAACCUCCUGUAUCCUAACAGCUCUUAUUUAGAAUUUGAAACACCUGUCUCGGUAGGGGCAGAUGUAGCCCCAUUUCAGGAACGUUUUGGGAUUUGUACUGGGAAGGUGUCUCUUGAUUUCCCCACCAUGGCCCAGUUUGACAAUCCCAUAGAAGCAAAGACAGGAGCAGUUGCUGGGGCUCCAGUGUCAGUUAACAGCUCAAGCCAGCAGUGUUCUGAAGCAUCUGCUGAAUGCAUAGAAGCUAGGAGAGGAGCACAUGACCAGCUUUUGUACCUCCAAAGUGGUUUACUCAAAAAGGCUAAUACAUUGAUUGAUGAGAUUUUCACUUCUGUCAGAGAAGAACUAAAAUCCAAGUACACAGUUGAUACCUGCCAGGAGCAAAUAGCCACAGACGGUAUAAUGAAUCCAGACACCCUGAAAGAAGGCGUCCCUGAGAAAAAGCCAUCAGAAGUGAUGCUCAGAGGGGUCCAACUGACAGAGAGUUUGGAAGGGCAGGCCAUGGAGAACGUGUCAGGAGUCAAGGAGGAGAAGGCCUGUGUUUCAUCUACAGCUGGUGAGAAAACGCUCCUUUUUGAUUCUGAUCGAAUGAAUGUAUCUUGUUUGUUAGAAGAUCAAGCAAGGGAAUUAGUCAAUGAGAUUAUUUAUGCAGCCCAAGAAAAUUUGAUAAGUGAUGAUUUUGAAGAUAUGGAGGAUACCUGGGAUUCUGAACUUCAAGCUCAUACUUCAAAAAUUCUGAAUAGUGAUAGUGUUAAGCCACAUGGUAUAGUUAGGAAAUUAUUGGUAUCAGAACAGGCAGUAAAUCAAAGCACACAUGAAAUUAGUGAAAAUAAAAUAUUAACUAGACUCUUCUCUGUAAGUAACUUAGUUAGUGGCCCAGAGUCAAUUAAAGGAAGAGAAAUUGUUCUCUACCAAAAAUUCCCAAUUUCAGGGAAUGAAGCUGGACAGUCUGAUAGUAUAAAUUUGCAGAAAUCAGAGACUGUUUUACUAGCUAAAGACAUGCCACAUAAGGGGAUAGAUGAUAGGGUAAAAACACAUUUGUUUUGCCGUGAGGAUUCUAAAGAAACAAUGGGAGUAGAGUAUGUGGAUAAUCACAAAACUCGGACAGAGGAUGCGAGAACUCUUCUAUUAAAUUUCAAAUGGCCUCCUUUGGUGAAUGAUGACAUCCAUGUACCCAGUACAUCCAAAAGCAGUUUUUCUGACAGUCUUGUGUGUAUAUCUGAUAAAAGCUCGCCAGGACAUAGUAAAAACACACCUCUUGCAGUAUCAGAAAUAGGGAAAGUACACAAAAAGGAUAAUGAAGCAAAUAUAGGAAAAAUUAAACUUAUACCUCCCAUGUUAGAAAUGGGAAAAACAAGUAAGAAGGAUGGUGAAUUGAAUCCUAUGAAAUAUAAGACCACCCCUCUGAUGUUAGAGAUGGGGAAAGCACACAAAACAAAUGUGGAAUUAAAUAUCACAAAAACUGAGCCAAGAGCUGAUGUUUUUAAGAUGGGAAAACCACAUCAAAUGGAUGCUGAGAGGUGCAUUGAAAAAACUGAGGAAUUACUUGGUAGUUUAGAGAAGGAAAAGGCUUAUAACAUGAAGGCUAUUGAAGGGGAUAUUGGCAAAACGGAGUUGAUGCCUGUUACGUCAGAAGUGAAAAAUACCUACCAAAAGGAUGCUGAAGGGGAUAUUGCAAAGAAGGAGGUGACAUCCCUUACAGUUGAAAUGGAAAGUACUUACCAAAAGCACGCUGAAGGGGAUGUUGGCAAGACUGGGGUGACAGUCAUGUCAGAAGCAGAACAUUUCUACCAAAAAGAUGGUGAGGGAAUUACUGAAAACAUUGACAUGCUGCCUCUUCCAUUAGAGAUGGAAGAUACUUAUCAACAUGAUGCUGAAGGGGAUGGUGCAAAGACAGAAGUGACACCUGUGAACUUAGAAAUGGAAACUACUUACCCAAAUUAUACUAAAAGAGAUAGUGACAAAACUGAGAUGCUGCCUGUUAGGUUAGAAGUGGUAAGCAUUUACCCCCCAAAUGCUAAAGGGAUUACAGGAAAGACUGGGAGACCUAUGUUGGAAAUGCAAACUGCCCACCAGAAGGAUGCUGGGGUGGUCAUUAGGAAUACUGAAGUGGGACCAUUUGUGGUAGAAGUGAAAGAAUCACACAAGAAGGCAACACCCUCCUCCAUAGAAAUGGGAAAACCAUGCAAGAAGAAUGCAAAAAUGACUAUUGGAACGGUUCCGUCCAUGUCCUCCUCUAUGAUAGAAAUGGAAAGAACAUCCCCAGAAGAUUCUGGUGGGAAUACUGAGAAGCACAGUGUGUUACCCACAGGGGUAGAUGUUGAGAAAACACAAAGAACAAGAUUGGAAUUGGCCAUUACACAAGCAGAGGCCCUACCACCCACACUGGGAACUGAAAAGGCAGCCCCAGGGGAUGCUGAAGAUAGCGUUGGAGAAAAGAAGGAAGAACCCACUGACGUAAAGGAAGGCAUGAUAGCUCAUGACAGUAGACUCGCUUCCCAUUUCAGGGGGUACGAGCCACCCACAUUGAGUAAGGACUAUGAGGGCUAUCCAGCCCUGGCAGUGCCCAGUUUCCAACCUGAGGGUACUGUCAUAAGACUAGACAAGAAAAUGCCUGUUCCUGCAGUACAUGACAAGAGAGAUCUAGAUGACGGUGAUGAAAAAGAACAUGAUCUCGCUUUCGUUUGUCAGGAUGAACAAGAGCAUCCUUCCUUUACUAUAUUAUACGAAGAGCCCCUUCAAGAGGAGGACAGGUAUGCUUCUGCAGAAGUGAGACGGGCACCGUCUGCCUCGGAUCCCAAUGCGUCCCCUGACAGCAUGCCUGUUCUGGCAUGCGAGAGGUCAGAGAGUAGAACCGACCUUGUCCAUCACUUUGAAAAAGAUGCUAAAUUAGGCGAGAUGUUUGACAGUGAUAGUUCAGAAAUGUUCUUAUCCGUGGAGGCCAAAAGGUACAAAAUUUACCCUUUAGCUUUGUCUCCCAUUUAUGAGGAUGACAGCUCACAGGAGGACAUUCUGUCCAGCGAGGUCUCACCUGGUCACCAUGGCUCCACGAAAUCCAGAGAGAGUGAAAACCAGUCAUCUUCUGUUUUAUCACUUCUCCAGUCUGUGUCAGAGCGUUUAAAGAUGAAUUUUGAUGAGGACGACAGACAGGCAGCUGAGGAGGAGGACGAGGUUGAGACAGCAUUGCAUAAAGGCGGCCUGAGAGCUCGAAGGAGGGAACAUGUCGCCUUCCAGUUGCCGGAUCCUGCCAGCCCAUUUUACCUUGAGGAAGACCAAGAAAGCACUGGGGUUUCUAAGAAUUUAUAUGUUACGUCAAAUGAACCUACUACCUCCAGUCUACAGGUUGGUCUGUGGCCAGAAAAGACCUUAUUUCUGCAAAAAUCUGACCUUUCUUCUAAACUACAUUCUUCUUUAAAAAGUGCUUAUCACCAGUAUUUGCAGAUGGCCAAAACUCAUUCCUCAGAAAAAGGAGCCAGAUUUGGUGGGAUUUUUCAGGAACCAGUGUCAAAGUAUUUCCGUGUUCAAGACAACUCAGGAGGAUUGAGCCCAUUUAUAGAGCAUGUUGACAAACAAACUCUCAGAUGUAACCCAAGACCUGGGAAGAUGGUUAUCUAUGAUCUACAUCGAAGUAAAUAUAAACAAGAGAUUUACUGUAAUAUUCCUGAUGCUACAUCAUGGUCCUUUCCGAAUGGGGUUCUAAUAAAAGUUGUAAGGGGCUGCUGGAUUUUAUAUGAGAAACCUCAUUUCCAAGGUCAGAAAUGUGUGUUAGAAGAAGGGGAAAAGGUGCUAAAUCGUGACUGGGUUCUUCAGAACAGAAGGCAUCCACAAAGAAACUUUGUAUUAGGUUCUAUCAAACGUGUGUUAAAGGAUUGUGGCAUUCCAGAGAUAGAGCUUUGCCUGCAGUCUGACCCAGCAUGUUGUCCUGUCUACAUACAGCGGGCGGUCCCUAAUUUGGAAGAACUGAAUGUCCCCAAAUCUGUGUCCUUCACUGUGAAGUCAGGAGUUUGGCUUGCCUACCCGGAUAUUAAUUUUAAGGGGCAAGCUACAGUUUUGGAGGAAGACCAUGGGCUCUUUGAGAUUUCUGCAGCAGAAAUGAAAUCAUUGCAUCCACUUCAAAUGGGUGGACUGAAAGUGGAAAUGCCUAUGAACUUAAAGGUUAUUAUUUAUGAAAAACCUCACUUCUAUGGACAGGCCAAAGAGUUCAGUGAACAUAUAGAUUCUGUCCCUAAUUUUUUAAAACAUACCGAAGACUUCCAUGGAAUCGGCUCAAUCCGUGUCAUCGGUGGAGUGUGGGUUGCCUAUGAAAAAGAACAUUUUAAAGGUCAGCAAUUCCUGCUUGAAGAAGGAGACUUUGAAGAUAGUAACGCUUGUGGGGCAUUAAGUGGCCCCAUCUUGUCUUUCCGGUACUUACAAGCUAAUUUUAUAGAAUCUUCUAUCACAUUGUUUGAGUCUGACCUAGAAAGUGGGAAGUUUAUUGACAUUACAAAUCAGGAAAUUUCUGACUUGGAAGAAAUUGGCUUUGGCAGUGAAACAAGAUCCAUUCAUGUUAAAAGUGGAGUAUGGGUAGCCUACCAGCAGAAGUUCUUCUGUGGAGAACAAUACAUUUUAGAGAAAGGGACAUACAAAUGCUUUUUUGACUGGGGAGGAUCAAAUAAUAUAAUCAUGUCCAUACGACCUGUCCAACUGGAACCACUUGGGAUAAAUGAACCUCCACAUUUGCUCAAAGCAUUCAGUAAAUCAGGUUUCCAAGGCGAAUGUAUAGAUUUUACAAAAGAAAUAUGUAAUUUGACUUCAUUCAUGCCAUCUUCUUUUAAAGUUCUUCGGGGAUGCUGGCUCCUGUUUUACCAAGAGAACAUUUCUGACAACCAGUGUGUAUUAGAAGAAGGCCUCUAUUCUGACCUUACUUCCUGUGGCUGCCCAGCGUCUAGAGUCAAAUCUCUCAAGCCCAUUGAUUAUGUGUUUGAAGAACCCUCCAUCAGCCUUUUUGCUCAGGAACAUUGUGAGGGAAGAGAGUUACAUCUAGAAGAGGCUGUGAACUCUGUUUUGAACAAGGAUCUGCACUUCUACACACAGUCUGUGUGGGUUAAAAGUGGACUAUGGAUAGCUUAUGAAGGAUCCAAUUUCUUGGGAAGACAGAUCCUACUCGAGCCCAAUGAGAUUCCAAAUUGGACAGCAUUCAGUGGCUGGAAAACGAUCGGUUCCCUCCGUCCUAUGAAGCAGCCCGCAGUGUACAUCAGAAUAAAGAACCGGGCCCAGGACGAGUAUCUGACCGUCACUGGAAAUCUGGCAGACACAAGGGCAACAUCGGUAUGCGUCUCUCCCUACAAUGGAAAGAACACUCAGGUCUGGCACUACUGUCGAGGACUUUUUAAAUCCAAGGCCAGUUAUACAUGUCUUGAUGUGAUUGGUGGCCGGGACACACCUGGAGCUAAAGUAGCCCUAUGGACUGAACAUGGGCAACUAAGGCAGAAAUGGAGAUUGAAUAGAAAUGGAACGAUCAGCUCUUAUCUCAGUGAUCAACUUGUUCUUGAUGUUCAAGGAGGAAAUUAUUGUGACAAGACUCACGUAAUUGUAAACCAGCCCCUGGAGGGAGAAGAAACACAGAAAUGGGACAUUGAAAUAUUGUGAGAGAUUCACUAUGCCCCUAGCAAGGGCGGAGGAAGACAGAAACCC